AUGCUCGUCGCACUUCCGUUGCCGGCCACACAGGACGAGCUCGUGCAGGCGAUCCAGUGUGUGCGUCACAGUGAGGGAGCUUCGGCCUUUCCGCAGCUCCUUUCCGUUCUGCCUCAACCCUCCCAUGGCAUUGCGACCUUCAUUGCACAGCCUCCCUGGACUGCCGGGGCCAAUCUCAUUUGUCUUGACACCUCAGCCAUUGAUGGUCGACUGUUUGUCGCUCAGACGCCAUCCUACGUCAACAAGCACGACCUCAUUUCCAUUGCUGGCCUUUUAGAGCCCAUUGAUUAUGAGGUUUUCUAUAGUGUUGACCACAUACCUAUAGAAGACAUGCCCGUCCACCUUUUCCCGGGGGCCCUGGUUACGUUCCAACAUGUGGGACAGGGCCUCACCCAUCCUUCCACGUUAGGAGAACUUCUUCAGUCUCGCGCUGCAUGGGACCCGGGUGCCGCUCUUCCUGCGCCGUCCUUUCCUGCGGCGCAUUGUGUGGUGCACAAAGGCAUGUCAAGACUUUGUGUUGAUGCGCUUCGCUCACCCAUGCGCUACAGGGAGACUAUCGCGGGAGCCACUGGGGCAGACCCAAUGCGUAUGAGAUUGUUUGCAGCACACCCCAGCCCUCCCGAUGUGGCUGUCUUGGGCGUCACCUGUCCACAUGUGCUUGCGGUGGCGCAUCCGCCUCCCGGUGCCCCGGGAGCCAUCUGGCAUUGUGCACUUAUAGAUUCUCUCUUCGCCCUGCUCCAACACUGUGUACCACUCGGGUGGAGACUCCUCCUCGACGGCAGGCCAGAAGCCCCGGGUGUACUCUGGAUUGCACCGGGACAGAUCAUAAUUGCCACCCUUGCGCCAGCAGACCCCCCAGCGCAGGAUUCUCAGGCCCAAAUGACAGCCUCUAGUCCUAACAGCAGUGGAGGUCAUGGCCCACCGGGCAUUGCUGCAGAUCUUCCGCACCCGACUGAGGAACCAGAGGCCACGCACGGGGGCCCCCCAGCAGAUCACGCCGAUGCACAUAAUGCCGAUAAGGUCCUAGCUGUCUUCCUUGUACAUGCUUUAGAUUAUACUCCUGAGCAUGUUCCUGUUGAGAUUCAAGUUCCUUCGGCGGUUACUCGCACCUUGCAGCAGGUGACACAGGCCAGAGAUCCCCUGAGGAGACAGUGGUUUCCCAGACUCUUGCCGGUAAGCCAUCAGACCCGAUCCGGUCAGGCUUCCAUCAUUGCUUUACCUCCUUGGGAUAGUCCUGGAAUUACGGUUUUGUGUGAAAAUGGUUUUGCCGACAACACCUGCUUCGCUGCAGAGGUUCCACCUUUUGCUCAGCGACAUUUGCUGCUCGCCCUCAUUGAUCUGCCGGCGACUAGCACUGCUUGUGUCUAUGUCCGCGAUAUGCCCUGGCCUCUUGCCGAUGGGGCCACGGUUGCGCUGUCCCAUGGAGAUUUUAUCUCCAUCCAGCCGAUUCACCAUGAUGUUGCGGUGCUUCACACGCUUGAUGACAUGCUCCAUGAUGCUGCCAUCUGGCGGGCCAGAGAGCAACUAACCUCGCGAGGUUUCGAUCUCUUUUGGCUACUUACGGACGGAUACCCGAGAAGCUUCCGUUUUGAUCGCGACAGGCGCCAUCGACUUCGACAUGACCUGUCCCAAGCUCUUCGUAUCCCAGUGAGUGAAUUGCGGAUUCGACCCAGUCGCUCUGGCCCACAGGACCUUGCUAUCAAGGGUUUUGAGAUUAGUGCCGUGAUAAUCACAACCUCGCUUGGUAUUAGGCUUGAGGACGCUGGACACGGACUCUUUCCAUACAUCCUCGACUUGCGACCCAUAUCGAGGGGUAUCGAAUGGGGAGCCAAUGUUGAAGGAGUCAUUGACCUGCGACAACUCGCACGCCGGUUUGAGCCAAGAUGCCCACCCGGGCUUCGGGUCAGCUGUGUCGGUGGUAGGCCAGAACCUCCUCCCUUGCAAAAUUUUGCUAGGUUCAGUCCUGGGGAUGUAUUCCAGGUCUCCUUUGAGCCCGCGCCGUUGCGGCCAUGGCCCGUCCAGGAAGACGACGUUAUCCCUGUGAAUCACGGUGAUGACUCAGAGCAGGGUGCUCCCCCGCACAAUCCUCAGAGUGGACUGCAUGAUGCAGGCACAGGUGGCUCCACAGGCAGUGUGAAUUUGUCUGGCAUUGCAGGCAGUCGAGCCGGUUCUGCCCUCACAAGAACCAUUGUGCCUGUUCUUGGUGCGAGAUGGAUCCUCUUCGUUGCCUUGAUGGGAUCCCUGUCUCGCCCCUCCACUGCCAUGCAAAUAGGGGUCAGCACUGGGAUAGGUGACGUAGAGGGUGAUCGAGCAAACAUGUGGACGACAAGUCUUUGUGCUGAAGCCCAUACAAGUGGGCCCUUGUCCGACACCUCUGUGCUCUCAUCCUCUUCUGCCCACCCGCAACACGACACUCUUCUCCACAGUCCCUUCAAGAGACUGCCCACGCCGCUUUCUACCUCGCAAGCACCCUUCUCGAUGUCCUGGUUGAGCGGACAGGCCUUUCUGUACCUUCCGGGCGGCAAACACCAGCUCCUGACAACCCCGCAGCUGCCCCCGGCUGCAGAUCCAUGCAUUGCAGUGGCACCCAUACGAGCUGUGCCGACCUCAGUUACGAAGAGGACUUUUGACUUGUCGAGUGUUAACUUCAGGGUAGGCUGCACGCUCGACGAUGUCCUGCCCUUCUUUCGUUCUGCACAAUGGCAUUUGUCACGGUACAUUCCAGCAGAAAUCCCAUUGCCAGAUGUUGCAGAGAUAUUUCGGCAUCUUUCCCAGUUCCACUCACCUGCAGACAUUGCCCAGCUCCUAAUCUCCCUUGAUUGCAUUGAGCUCUUCACUGAUGGGUCAUUCGAUGGCUCACUCAGCAGUUGGGCCUUCUUAGUCUUGGGUUGGAAGUCUGGGCACCUGCAUGUGCUUGGUUGGGCUGCAGGCCAGGUCAUUAUUGAUAACUCCUCGGAAGGCUAUAUUGGUGCCACGUGCCACGAUGCCCUACGAGGCGAAGCCUGCGCUCUCUUCUGGGCCAUGACCUGGCUAGUUCAAGGUCCCAAAGGCAUCCCCAUACACAUUUGGUCAGACUGUCUUGUUGCACUCAACCAAGCCAACGGACACUUUGGGUUCCCGGCAGGAUGCAGGUUGACACAAGGAAUCCGUGCCCUUCAUCAGGCCCUUGUCUCUUCUGCUGUAUGUGUUCGGGAUGUGCACCAUGUCCGAUCUCAUCAGGGCCAUCCGGCCAAUGAGUGUGUAGAUGGGCUUGCAAAAUGGGCGUGUAGGCACCAAGGCUGCCCCAUUAGCCCUUUCCAGUCUGGCAUCGCGGAGUCUCUCCAGAAGGGUCACCUUGACUGGUGGUGGCUUCUGCUUGAAUCAGUCCACAACCCUUCGGCAUGGCCUCAACACUUUGGUCAGGAUUUGGUUGACAAGGACCGAUUCUUUGAUGCCGAACCCCCGACAGAAGCUGAAAGUCGGGCGUGGCUGGGCCUGCCGGAGAAUGAUGGUUCAGGCACUGCAUCAGACUUUGUCUCGUUUCGGCUCCGCCUUCUCACAGUCAACGUUCAGACUCUCGCAUCGUCGGAGGAGAACAUGCCACAACACCCCGAUGUGCCCUUCGCAGGGCGUGCAGCCUAUUUGCGCGAGCAGUGUGAUCACCAUGCAAUCACAGUUGCUGCUUUGCAAGAAACACGCUCUCUUGCUUCGGAGACAAUUGAGUCUCGUAGCCAUAUACGCCUAUGCUCAGGACGCGACGAGCAAGGCAUGUUUGGCACAGAACUGUGGUUUGCAAAGACGCUGCCGCUCACUACUUGUCAGCACAGCCCUAUGCGUGUGCAGCUUGCCGACCUCCUCGUCGUUCACGCCGACCCGAGAUCGCUCUUUGUACGCCUGAGUCGCCGAGGUUUUCAGGUCUUGUUCAUCGGCAUUCACGCGCCAACAGUUGCCUCACCUGCCCGAGAAUCAUGGUGGCGCGAUUUGGCAGAACGUGUGUCUAGGACAAGCCGCGGCUGUCAUGUCGUACUUUUAGGCGACUUCAAUGUCCACUUUGACACGUCGAUUGCCCAUAGGAUUGGGGAUCUGUUAGUGCCGGGGCAGGGCGGAAUUCCAGCUGGUCUUAGACUCCUCCUCGACCGACAUGACCUUUGGAUUCCCAGCACAUUUCGACAGUGUCACCACGGACCCACCACAACGUGGAUUGCCCCGCGGGGUAAUAGUUCGUCACGCAUAGACUACAUCGCAGUCCCCUCUUCCUGGGGAGCAGGUCCUGGAUCCUCACAGGUGCACCAUGACCUCGAUUGGGGACAAUCACAUGUAGACCAUUUCCCUGUGCGCUUAGAUACUGCCUUCUUUGGGCAGUUAGUCGCGCAGCCUGCUAUCCGCUCCUGUGCCGUUGACAGGGAUGCGCUUGCGACGCCUGAAGGUCAGGCCACCCUGGCUGCCAUCUGGCAAGGCGCCCCGGUUCCCUCUUGGAACACCAAUGUACAUCGGCAUUGGCAGAUUCUAGAAAAAUAUCUUCAGCAAUCACUUGCCAAAGCCUUCCCGGCUAAAAGAGGACCGUGUCGCUCAUCUUACUUUAGUACAGACACUUGGCUCCUCCGCCAACGCCGGGUCUGGCUCCGCAGGCAAAUUCUCAGGUUGCGUCAAGGUAUCUCUCUUGCGUCAGUCCGUGGCGCAAUCUACACCUGGCGCAGAGAAGUACGGGCUGGCAUCGGCCAGCUAUGUGCGUACAUAAGGUCCGCCGCCCUCCUCCGACUGCUGCAGGGAACUGCCAAGGACAUCAAAGAUACCAAGCAGGCCCUCAGGCGAGCAAUUCGCAAAGACCAGAGCGACAGGAUCGACCAGGCUGCACGUGAUGCUGUCUCUGCCCCUGUCUCAGAGGUAGUAUCUGCACUACGACCUCUGUUGGGUCCGCCGAAACGGCGUCGUCGCGACAAACAAAGCCUUCCCAUGGUCCAAGACGCUACAGGCGCUCCAGCUGCCACACCGGCUGAGGCAGAGUCCAUCUGGAUUCGACACUUCGCGGGUCUGGAAGAUGGCAGGAUUGUCCAGCCUCAGGAACUAGCUCGUUCUUGUUUUGCGCAGCAACAGGCCCGUGACCUGGACGAGUACCACAUAGCCUGCCAGGACCUGCCCACUCGCUGGGAACUAGAGAACUCCCUUCGGGCGACCCGUGUCGGCAGGGCAGCCGGAGUCGACGGUUUGCCUGGCGAAAUCAUUCAUUUUGCUGCAGCUUCCGCCUCCCGGCCACUUGCUCUGUUGGCGCUCAAGAUUGGAAUGAGAGUUGCCGAGCCGCUUUCCUUCAAGGGAGGGGCACUACAGACAGUCUGGAAAGGCAAGCUAUCCCCUCUGCAACCAGAGGCACAUCGUGGCAUUCUGGUCUCCUCCUGCAUAGGGAAAUCCCUGCAUCGGGCGGUUAGGGCGAGAGCCACGGCUCCUCUCGCCAGUAUCUCCUCCCCCCUGCAAAUUGGAGGUCUGCCUUGCAUGCCAGUCACUCUUGCUUCCCAGGCAAUUCGCCUCUUCCAAAGCGGCUCCCAACGCCGACACUUCAGCUAUUCCUUGGUGUUUUUGGACCUCCGCGAGGCCUUUUACCGCGUCAUUCGGCCUCUGUUUACAGGAUCUGGUUUCAAUGAUGAACACUUCGCCGCUGUAGCAGCUCGGUUGAAGUUGGCACCUGAUGUGCUAUCAGUCUUGCACCGGCAUCUACAGACAGAGUCCAUUCCUCAGUCUGCCGGUGCAGCUCCCUGGACUUUCAUGUCUCUGUCGGAAAUUUUAGAUUCGACUUGGUUCAGAUUCCGUAGGGGACGGGACAUCGUUCAGACUGGUGUCGGAAGCCGCCCGGGAGACAACUGUGCAGACAUUGUUUUUGGGUACCUUUUUGCUUGUGUGCUCCGUGAGCUCAAGCAGGAACUCCUGCAACAGAACAUCUUGGUGCACCUCCCUUGGGACCCGACAUGGAUAGGACAAGUAGCUUCGCCCAGCCAAUACAGCUCGGCUGACCCGAUCCUGCCCAUAAUGGAUUCCACCUGGAUGGAUGACCUAUCUCUCAUGAUCAAGACUCGUCGGGCAGUUGAUCUCCCAGAGGCCACAAGUGCAGCCGUGCGGGCACUUGUCGACUGCUGCAUGAGCAGGGGCCUUAUCCCAAACUUUUCCCGUGGGAAAACGGAGGUUGUCAUGGUUCCAACAGGGCCAGGAUCGCGAGCGGUGCGUGCCCGAACCUUUCGGGACUCCGACCCGUGCCUCCGAAUAUCCUCGGCACACCUUGGACCUAUCUCGGUUCGCCUGGUCACACAGUAUCGCCAUCUUGGUGGUUUGAUACAUCACACAGGACGCACCCUGCGUGAGGCCAGACAUCGCAUUGCCAUGGCCAAUGAAGCAUUUCAGAAGCACAGGAAAAAGAUCUUCCAGUCUCCCUUGGUGCCUUUUCGCAGCAAGGCAAUACUGUAUGAGUCGCUUGUGCUGUCCGUUCUCCUGCAUGGAGCUGGUACCUGGAUUCAGGUGGAUGCGGCCACCGUCCGUGCUUUGGCCAAUGCCCACACGCUCAUGGCUGCCAAAAUGCUACGUCCCAUGUACUCCUUCGAGGAGGCGCUCCAUCAGGGGCCGGCCCGUGUGAUUGCUCUUUUGGGCCUGCCCUCCAUGCCGGUCCUCUUACAUGUCUCCCGGCUUCGACAGCUCUUGCCAUGCGUCCGCCUUGGGGUUGCUGAAAUCUGGGCUCUGGCUCACUGGGAUGGCAAGUGGUUGGAGGAGGUCCGCGACUCGCUUGCCUGGCUUGCCGGACUGGUGGACCAGGAAAGCCGGCCAUGGACUAGUUGCUGGCAGGACUGGCUCCAGUUGAUGUGGGAGCAUCCGGGACGUUGGAAGAAUCUGCUGCGGAGGGCACAAGCCCAAGCGGUCCGUCUGGAGGCCUGGACUGCGGCUCGCCAGUACAGUGCCGGCCUUCUUGUCCGCCAACUGCGACGACUCGGAGGCACUCUCACAAGUCCUUCCGUUGACAGUGCCGAUGCCCGACACUGUUGUGCUCCGUGCCGCAAAAUCUUUGCCAGCUAUGCUCAAUGGAGCCUGCACGCCUUCAAGGCACACCACAGAGUCAUGGAGGGCAAGACUCAAGCACCGGUCUUACAAGCUGAAGGUCCGCGCCUUCCCAUGGCAGUUCUAGACGUUGAGGAGGAGCGCCACAGGCCGGUGGCAGAGAUCCUAGAGUGCCUCUCACUCCUGGAUUUCGACGGUGCCUUGUUGCGAAUUUCGGAUUCUGCGCUUUGGGACAGACUCCGAACGGCAUUUUCAUGUGUGUGUGCCUCAUCCGACCGCCUUCGGAUCACGGUCACUUCUUGGCCGCAAGUCACCAGCAUGUGCUACCCACAGGCUCGCCGACGACUGCAAGGGUGCCUCGCAUGGCUUCUUCAAGCUGACUUGGUGGAUUGGCUUGUCCCUGAUCCGGUAGCCUCCCAACCUCAGCCUUAUACGUUCAAGGAUGCGGAGACUUCUCUCUGCAUGUUGGAUUUGAUUGCCAUUCCGGCUCCCGACAUCUCAACCUUGGAUGGUCGCACGGCUUGUGUGGUUGCUCCGAGUGCUUGGGAGGCACGUUCUGACUUGGUCUUUGGUACCAACUCAGUGUUCUUCUCCCACGAGGAAUGCAUUGCACAGGUGGAGGCAGGUGCCCUACCGUCAUUCUUUGAUGGUCCCUUCACCGAUGUCUGUUUCUUCCUCGUGUUGGCAGGGCUGGAUAGCCUUGAGAUGCCUUGUCCUCUUGAUGCCCCCUCCUCAGGGUUUCAGAACAGUCUCUCAUCGGCCAGCUUUGCCGGAGAUCUGCUCCGUUUCUUUGUGUCCCUGCUUUACCGGGGAAUUCCUGCUUUCGUUGCACUCACAGGAUACUCGGACGGCCACAAGAACGGGGACCAGGCAGGAGGCAAAGGAUCCGAUGCAGCAAAUCCAUCCGUUUUGACAGACACGAUCUGUUUGAUUCCUGGCAGCGCGCCGGUGACACGCGUCGAGGACGCCCCAGGAAAUGCGCGUCGGAUCUACACUGGCAUCGACAUCCGUGCAAGCGUGAACGAUGUUUGGGAGGUGCUUACCGACUACGAGGGCCUGGCCCACGUGGUGCCCAAUCUGGCCGAGAACUCCAUCGUGGAGGGCCCAGAUCGGCACGGUGGUGCUCGCUUGUGGCAAAUAGGACAGGCAUCGUGGACGAUUUGUGGCAAGACUUUCUACUUCCAAGCUGGGAUGACGCUGGAUGUUCGAUUGCACCCCGAAGGAGUUUGCAGAUCUGGCGUGAAGGUUUGCGGGGAAAGAAUGGAUGCGGCUCACAUGUUGAGCUCAGAGGUCAGAGCCCAUGGCAGAAAAGAGAAGCUCAUCCGGGACGUUUUUCCCAGGCCAUUCUCGGUUGCGGCUGUUGGAGUUCCGGUUCGAGAUAUCACCAUGCAAAACGUCCUCGGCGCACGUGGGGACUUCGUGCAUUACCAGGGUGUUUGGCGACUGCAGCCUCUCCAGGGAUGCGCCGGACCAGGAGAGGAGAUGAUGCGUCUGACAUUUGCAGUCGAAUGCCAGCCGCAUUGGUUUCUCCCGGUCGCGCCAGUCGAGGGGCGCAUCGCCACGGCCCUCGCCCAGAACAUGGAGGCGAUCCGCGACUUCGUGGAGGAACGGCUUGAUGGCAUGGAGUCGGUCACGGCAGCGUCACAGCCUCUAGGGCCCGAAACGGCCCGCAAUGUGGGACACUCCCGUCUGCCCUCACAGUCUGAGUCGGCGUGGCCCCAGCUGCCCCAGGAAGUGGAUUCCCUAGCGCGGGCAGCGCACUCCUUGUGGGAUUCGUUGUUUCCUGACACUGCCCCGCCUCAGCCACAGCCUGCACUUGGCGUCCGCUGCUUCGCGCCGAGGACGCCUGCUGGCAAAGGUUCCCGCUUUAGUGGAAUGGUGGCCGCGCACAGCCGGGCACAUGCACAGCCUCGAACAAGACGGCGGGCCACGGCAGCAGAGCUUUGGUGUAUGACGGAAGCCGUCGCAGAUGCCUUGAACCGUGCAGAGAUGCGGCUUAUGGAGCGUGCCGAGGUCGGAGUCGUAUCGGAAAAUGCUGCCGGAGCCCUGAGCUCCAUUGCUGCCAGCAUGGUAGAGGCAUCGGCCCCCCUAGCUGCGACGGCGGAGACCGCUGCGAUCACAGUGGCAGGACUGGAGGCCGAGACAGUGCUUACCGCAUCUGCAGUGGCUGCUGUGGCUGCCAUUGCUGCCAGGUCGGCUGCCCAAAGGAGAGUUGAGGAGGCAGAGCUGGAGCUGUCGAAUCAGGACCACACCGUGCCUCUUCAGAAUGCCUGGCGGGCAGUGCUUCGACAGCACCCGGAGGCGGUCCUAGACAGCAACUUCUUGGGUGAGCCCUUCGGCUUCGAGGAAGUGAAGCAGCGAUGGCCUCGCCUGGUGCAAACUUUGGGCGUCUCGGAAGAGCAGGCUUUGAAGAUCAUCGAGGCGGAUGCGACCCCUCUUCUGGUAGAGUCCGAUGCCGUCUCCGAAGUCUUGGCUCGCCUGGCUGCGAUCAGCUCAAGAGAGAAGGCCCUGGAGCUCGUGCAUCGUAGCCCUUCUCUCCUGGCUGCUGCGAUGAGUGGGAAGGCGAAAAAUGGCAUAGCAGUUUCCACGCUGGUCGACAUGCUCUACGCAGGUCGCUUGUACAAGGUGCUGGAAGAAGAGGGGCGGUCCAAUGCGGGCAAGUUAGCCGAAAUCGAGCUGUAUGCGAACCUGCUGUCUGCCUUUCGGCCUUGUGUGGAUCUCGUCCUCUCGGGCCACACGGCCAGAGAUGCAAAGGAUGCCACCAGGAGGAUCUUCCGAUCGCUGCAGGACUGCGCGCCAAACGAUGCCAUUCGAGUCCUGCUCCAACGGGUUGCCGCUGCCGCAGAUCCAUGGGCCUACCUGGCUGACCAGACACGGGCAGGCUUCUCGAUUGGAAGCCGGUUGGUGGUGGAGCCAUCUCUGACCAAGAAGAUUCUUCCGCAUUCCACUUCAAUCGUGAGCCAUCUUCCCUCCAUCUACACCCGGCUGUCCAUUCUUGGCCCUCAUGUGCCCGGUAUCGUCCGAAUUUUGGAUCAGUACCUGGACAUCGUUGAGCCGCAUUUGGACCGAAUUAUGGAAAGAAUGGACCGGAUCGAGCCGCACUUGCCAUACAUCCUGCUGCACCUGGAUGUGCUGGCAAAGCACUGUGGGCCUUUAUUGGACCACUUCGACUUGCUUAUGCCCUAUGCAGAACUAGGUCGUGAUCGCAAUCUUCCAAACUUGGACCAAUGCUUUGACGAGCCGCAAGUUGCGAAGAUGGAGGAGUGUCUCGUGGACAACCUUGUGGACAACUGGGAAGGCUCUGCGGCAGCACGCGUCGAGGAGAACUCGUACCUCCCCAAGCUGCUGCCAUAUGUGGACUACCUGAUCCCGCGACUUGACCAGCUGGCUCCACACCUGCCCCUUGCCCAUCCGCACUUACCCUAUGUCCUCCCGUUCAUGGAUGACCUGCUGCCAUACAUCGAGCGCUUCGUUCGCUUUCCCCAGGUAUCGAAGAAUGCCGAUGUCCUCGUUGGAUACCUUGGAUGGCUUCUUAGAGUACCCUUGAUCCCCAGGAUCUUGAAGUUGCCCCUGGUGCCUCGCAUCAUCGCUUGGAUCAGCGUGCGCCUUCCGCGCAGACCUCAGACUUACGGUUCUUCGAUUUCUUUGUGGUGA